UGCCAUCUACCUUGACAACCAUCAAAAUUUGUGGUUAUAUUUUUUUCUUUACCGAAUUUUAAACAUGUUGGCCUCUCGGGGGGCACAAAUUCUAAAACUUGGUAAAUUAUUAGUGUUGAAACCGGGGAAUUUCACCCAAGCAGUCCGACACGGUCACGGCCAAUGGGUCUAUCGUACAACAAACCCCCACAUUGAUAAACGACUUAUUAUUUGCUCCCAGGCAAUCAUGGGCUUUGCCUGGUGGUGGAUGUUGUGGCACAUCGUUACUGAACCGGGACAUAUUUUGGGCGAGUUUGAGUAUCCUGAUGCUAAUAAAUGGACCGACGAGGAAUUAGGGAUUCCAUCUGAUUAAUUUUGAGAGUAAAAAUAUUAAAAUGUAGAGUGAUUUAUUAAUAUAAUAUUGAAACAGGA